AUGAUAUCGGUUUUGGUCAUACCACCAAGACCAGAUGAUGAACCACCGCAGUCUGAUGAUGAUGGCCUACAAAUUGUACCGUUCAGAGCAGCGAUAGCAGGAUUCGGAGCAGCAAAAGUGUCGAACGGAGGUGCUGGUGGUGGGAUAAUGCCGAUAGCAGCAGGUGGAGUUGCGGUUGUAGCAGUACCGUCAAUACCGUUAACAAUACGUUGCAAAGAUGAGGGUGAUAUAAUCGUGGUAGCAGUGCGGAAAGAAUCGAGGGAUGGCGUCUGGUGA